AUGGCGAUGGCAAAGAUGUCGGAUCCUCUCGUGGUCGGAAGAGUGGUCGGAGAUGUCAUCGACGCCUUCUCCCCAACCGUAAAGAUGACUGUCACUUACCAUUCAAACAAGAAGGUGUCCAAUGGGCACGAGCUGCUUCCAAAUCUUAUAACCCUAAAACCUAAGGUUGAGGUUCUUGGUGGUGACCUUAGAUCCUUCUUCACAUUGGUGAUGACCGAUCCAGAUGUUCCUGGUCCGAGUGAUCCUUACUUGAGAGAGCAUCUCCAUUGGAUAGUGACAGACAUCCCAGGAACGACAGAUUCCACUUUUGGGAAAGAAGUAGUGAAAUAUGAAGUUCCAAGUCCAAACGUAGGGAUCCAUAGAUUCGUGUUCCUUCUAUACAAGCAGACACGAAGGCAAACAGUGAAGCCACCAGCUGCUUCAGCUUCAAGAGAUGGGUUCAAUGCAAGAAGAUUUGCAGAAGAGAAUGGUCUUGGCCUGCCUGUGGCUGCAGUCUAUUUCAAUGCUCAAAGGGCUACGGCCGCCAGAAGAAGAUAA